AUGUCUGGAACCAGCAAGAGCCACCAGAUGUUCAGUGUGCAAGACAUCAUUGACAUCAUCCAAAACGGGGACAGUGACGUCGAACUGUCCUCAGACUCAAGCGAUGAUGAGGACUGUGGAAGUGUCAGGGAAGUGGAGAAGGAGAACAAAAUACCCAACCACCACGAUACUCUGGAUGUCUCCGUCCCAAAAGAAAUUGUACAUCCACCUGCCAAGGCCAUUCCCCGUAACCGCUACCGAUGGCUGAAGAGGGAUUUCGUCAGUCCCUGCACUGACUUUUCUGGCAAGGAUGUCACAGAUGGUCUCCCCUCCAUCUGCACACCACUAAAAUACUUCCAGAAUUUUGUCACAGAGGACAUGAUUCAGGCUCUGACUGAAAACACAAAUCAGUACAGUGUUCAGAAGAAAGGGACAUCCAUAAACACCAACAAAAAGGAAAUAGAACAAAUGAUUGGAAUGUACCUGAAGAUGGGUCUCAUGCAAAUGGCUGGCAUUAGUAUGUACUGGGAGACAGACACGAGGUACAGUCCUGUCGCAGAUGUCAUGCCACGCAACAGAUUUCAGGCUCUGUUGACAUCAUUACACUUUGUGAACAAUCUAACGGUGUCUGAGACUGAACAAAGAACCGACAAACUCUGGAAACUGAGACGAUGGCUGGAUGCUUUCAGAGAGAGAUGUUUACAGGUGGUCCCAGAAGAGCAUAAUUCAGUGGAUGAAAUGAUGAUUCCUUUCAGAGGGAAGUUCAGCAACAUCAAACAGUCUAUGCGAGGCAAGCCAAAUCCAUGGGGGUUCAAGUUGUGGGUGAGGGCUGGUAUCUCUGGUAUGCUGUGCGAUUUUGACGUUUACCAAGGCAGUGUGAAUGGAACGCAGUCAAGAUCAGAACUUGGACUGUCAGGGGAUGUGGUGAUGAAGUUGGCCUCCACACUGCCACAUGGCCAAAACUACAAAAUCUAUGCAGACUACUACUUCACCAGUAUCCCACUGGUUGCUAGGCUGCGUGAGUGUGGCAUUCAUUACACAGGAACAGCCAGGCAAGUACGGCUUCCAAACUGCAACCUCAAUGAUGAGAAAACCUUGAAGAAAAAGGGAAGAGGGACAUUUGAUGUCAGAGUGGAGAAGAACCACAACAUUUGUGCUGUGACAUGGUACGACACCCGUCAGGUGACACUUGUGUCAUCCUUUACUGGCCCAGAACCAGUGGAAAAGGUUAAACGUUGGGACAAAACUGCCAAAACAUUUGUGGAAGUUCAGAGGCCUAACAUCGUGGCGACCUACAACAAAAACAUGGGGGGAGUGGAUUUGCUGGACUCAUUUGCGGCCAAGUACAAGUUUCCUCUCAAGUCCCAUCAUUGGUACAUCUACAUCUUCUGGCACACAAUUAUUCUAGCUGUGAUCAACGCUUGGCUCCUGUACAAACAGGACUGCAAGGCCUGGGCUAUUCCAAAGAAAGAGAUCCUGAUCAGGAGAUGGUUUCAGGCCCAGUUGGCAUCCUCCCUUAUCCUGACUGGCACAUCUGUCCCAGUGCCAAAGUGA